AGUGGAGCGGCUUGUCCCUGAAGCCGCGGGGCCGAGGGUGCAGCGGAGAUGCCGAAGAAGGGGCUCAAGAAGCUGCACGCCAAGGAUGCGCUCGACUUCUUCAACCAGGUCAUGGUGGAGCAGCCCCUGCUGCCGUUCCUCAUCCCGCUCGGCCUCUUCGCCUGGUUCGUCGAGCGCUGGGUCGUGCCCUUCUCCAACUGGGUGCCCCUCGCCGCCGCCGUCUGGGCGACCAUUCAGUAUGGCAGGUUUAAACGGAAGAUGGCUGUAGAAGAUUUGAACAAAAGAUGGAAGCACCUUAUACUGAACACAACACCUACCACUCCAAUAGAGCCUUGCGAGUGGUUGAACAAACUUUUGAUUGAAGUUUGGCCCAACUACAUGGAGCCAAAACUAUCAAAGAAGUUCCAAUCUACUGUCGAGAGACGCUUAAAGAAUCGAAAACCAAAACUGAUAGAUAAAAUAGAAUUACAGGAAUUCUCACUCGGUUCUUGCCCACCUACCUUGGGAGAGCAGGGUAUGCGCUGGAUGACUUCAGGUGAACAGCAAGUCAUGUCCUUGGGUUUUGAUUGGCACAGCAAAGAGAUGAGUGUGAUGUUUAUGGCGAAAUUAGCGAAACCUCUGAUGGGCACUGCUCGCAUUGUUAUAAACAGCAUCCACAUCAAGGGAGAUCUUCUACUGAGUCCCAUUCUUGAUGGCGAAGCUGUCCUCUACUCUUUUGAAUCUACUCCAGAAGUCAGGAUAGGUGUAGCAUUUGGAAGUGGUGGAAGCCAAACAGUUCCUGGUAUGGAGUUACCGGGUGUCUCAACAUGGCUGGUAAAGCUUUUGACUGAAACAAUAGCCAAGACAAUGGUUGAGCCUCGCCGUCUCUGCUUUUCUUUGCCACCAGUAGAUCUGAAGAAACAAGCAGUUGGUGGUGUUCUUUCUGUUACUGUUGUUUCAGCUAGUAACCUUGGCAGAAAGAGCAGAACUAAUGAGUUAGGGAAUCAGCAAAGCUCAAGUGGAAGCACUACACCUGGGACUCCUCUUAACAGGAAGGCACAUACAUUUAUUGAGGUGGAAGUUGGCACUUUGAUGAGAAAAACAACUACUUGUGAGGGUCCAAAUCCUACAUGGAAUAGCACAUUUAACAUGGUACUGCAUGGAGAGACAGGUUUUGUCAAGUUUCUUCUGUAUGAACUGGAUUCCGAUGGUGUCAAGUAUAAUUACCUAACAAGCUGUGAGAUAAAGGUCAAGUAUGUUUUAGAUGGUUCAACAAUAUUUUGGGCUAUAGGACAUAAUGAUGGUGUGGUUGCAAGGCAUGCUGAGCAUUGUGGAAAAGAAGUUGGAAUGGUGGUUCCAUUUGAGGAGGAUAUCACAGGCGAGUUAACUGUCAGUCUUGUGCUAAAAGAAUGGCAAUUCUCUGAUGGGUCGGUUACAUUGAGUAACUCUCUGAGCAAUGAAUUUCAAUGUUCCAUUGAUGGAUCACCGAAGCUUCAGUCAAGGACAGGAAGGAAGCUCAGAGUCAAAGUAGUGGAGGGUAGGGCCCUUGCAGUAAACAGUAAAUCUGGGAAAUGUGAUCCUUAUGUGAAACUCCAGUAUGGAAAGGCUUUAUACAGAACAAAGACACUCUCUCGUACGGCCCAACCAGUUUGGAAUGACAAGUUUGAAUUUGAUGAGAUUGGUGGUGGUGAAUAUCUGAAGGUCAAAUGCUAUAAUUUAGACACAUUCAGUGAUGAUAGCAUUGGCAGUGCAAGAGUAAAUCUGGAGGGACUUCUAGAUGGUGCUAGCCGAGAUGUCUGGGUACCACUUGAAAAAGUAGAUUCAGGAGAGAUCAGGCUCGAAAUAGAGGCAAUAUCAAAUGAUCACAACGACAGUCUGAAGAGAUCAAGCAGUAAAGUUGAAGCUGGCUGGAUCGAGCUAGUAAUAAUUGAGGCUAGGGAUCUUGUUGCUGCUGAUCUUAGAGGAACUAGUGAUCCAUAUGUCAGGGUGCAAUAUGGGAACAAGAAGAAGCGAACCAAGGUCAUUUACAAGACGCUGGCUCCAAACUGGAACCAGACAUUUGAGUUUGCAGAAACUGGAGAACCCCUGAUCCUGCAUGUCAAGGACCAUAACGCGGUCCUUCCAACCGCCAGCAUAGGCAACUGCACCGUCGAAUACAGCAUGCUUUCUCCGAAUCAACCCGCCGACAAAUGGAUACCGCUGCAAGGAGUGCGGAGCGGAGAAAUCCACGUGAAGAUUGCCCGAAGAGUUGCAGCAGACUCGGCAAAGAAAACCAGCCUGCUGACAGACGCGUCCGCCCUUGGCAAAGGACACAAGAUAUCAGCACAGAUGAGAGACAGCCUGAAGAAAUGCUCGGGCUUGGUUGACGAUGGCGGCGAUGCGGAGGCGCUGUCGCUGGCCCUGACGGAGGUGGAGAGCGUCCAGGACGAGCAGGAUCUGUACAUACAGCAGCUGGAGCGGGAGAAGGCCCUGAUGCUGCAAAAGAUACACGACCUUGGUUCUGAAAUCGUCAGGACAUCCUCCGGUCCUGCAAGGACCUCUUGCUAGUAAUUAUAAUUAGAUCAACAAACACACUUCACAGACGAGAUGGCAAAAAGUGCUAAUCAUUUUUCGCAGAACUAUGUAAUUAUAUAAUUUAUCAGCGGUUGCUUGUAAGUAAGUAGAUGGGUAGGAAAUCAAGGCGAAAUUAUCACGUCACGACGCCCUUAAAGUUGUACAAAAAAUGAGCUGUAAAUUUUCAGAAAGAGUCUAAAAUAAUUUGUGGUAUAUUUAGUGCUGAA